AUGAAGCCUGCCCCUCGAGGUCCAGGACCAUUCUACCUUGAAGGCGGCGAGUCCUGCCCCUUCUGUGAAGAUGAAAAUAAGAUCCCAGUUGUCAUAAAUAACAACAUCACGACAGAAAUCAAGAAGAUACCGAUGAACAUACUUCGGGAUGAUGCUGGUUUGAUCACUAGUCAAUUUGCUGAUUUAUUCAGGAAUAGUGAAAAUGACGAUAACGCCCUAAGGAAGAUAUAUACGAAUUAUGUAUACAAAGAUACUUCAAAUUGUAGCCUGGACACUGUGAUAAAACCCCAAUCAUCAAUUGAUCAAAAAAGUAUUCCAGUUACACCAAAAAGUUCACAAGCACAUUCCAGCAAUGAAAACAUUCUAAAAUCUCUAAAUCAACCGCAAAGUAACAUGGACCCAAACUUGGUCUCCUAUUUCAUGCAACUGAAACAACAGACAAAUAGGGUUCCUCUUUUUGAAAUCGACCAAGAACUUGGUCCCCUGGAUGCCGAGAAUAGCCGGUGCAUUGGUUUGAUGGUCCAAUCAGUUAUCGAUGAUUAUAAAAAGAAGUUCAAUAUUGACGAUCAAAAAGAUCAAUUGAAGAAGGUUGAUUGCAACUCAGUCGGGAAAAAGGCGUUGCAUAUAUGCAGGCAGAAAGAUCCUUAUCUGAGAGAAAUUCAUUUGGCGAUUUUUGGAGGGGGAAACAUCAAUUUUCCUAAGGAAGAUUCUGAUGACUAUCAUAAAUUGGCUCAGGAAUACGCCCUUUUUCGCGCCACUCCAUCUUCCACUUGUGAUUCAAGUACAUCCAAAAAUGAUUAUAGUCCGUCGAAAAACUUGUCACCUCCACAAACUUCCAGCAAUACCAUGAAAGUUUCGCUUAGUGAAUCAAAACCCAUUGAUUUCAAAAGGACAACUUUUGAAGAUCCUGCAAUAAUUUCGGAUGAUAUGCAGUACCCAGUUGUGACGAAUCAUCAUCAACCGCAGCAACAGCAGUCAAUGGGGAAUCCAUAUUCAAAUUUUGAUUCAUCCAACUUCUUUCUUCCUGGAACUUCCGGUCAGGGAAAUUUUAUGAAUCCGAAUGUAACAUGUGGAAGCAAUAUGAAUCCCUACCAAAUGCCGGGUUCGUUUCUAGCAUAUGCAAACUUGAACCAAAAGCCCAAACCCAGGACUACCCCAAAAUUGCCUCCACCAGCGCAACUUCCUAUGUUCUUGACCCCUCAUCAGUAUCUAAUGCAAGCUGCCCAGGGACCAACGUAUCCAACAUCUGCAAACUACCCUCAAACUCUUAUGCAACCACAGGCUAACUUCCCAAAUUUACAGGCCCCGGCACCCUUUUACAAUGCCUCAUUCAAAGAGACUCACAUAAACACUGCCAUCAUUCAACAGCACCAGUACCAGCAGUACAAUGUCCUGGCUGCAGCAGCGGCAGGUAACUACGAAAUGCUUGUGUAUGAACAAAUGUUGCAUCAAACACAGAAGAUAAAAACUGUUGUAGCCCGAAAUCGUCUGGAUAAGCGUCUACAGGCUGAAAUGGCCAAGAAUGCGUCAAAAACAAACACAGUAGCUUUGCCUGCUAUUUCGGCUGCAAGUUCGUCUAGUUUACGUCCAGCAGAAAACCUUGCAGUUGGCAGUAGUUCAGUUCGGAAUUUGUUCAAUCAAACCAGUUCGUCUGGGAUCGCGGGAACAGCGACAACAGUGAGUGCUAAUGCUGGAAAAGCAGGAAUUAGUGAUCCAGCUGUUAUCAGUGCUGUCGAUAGUGGUUCAAAAUGUUCAAGCGCCGAUUUGGAAGGCAGCACUUUGGAAGUUGGGACAGAACAAAGUACGGAAAGUGUCAUUGAGGAAUAAUUUUCCAAAGUUGUCAAAUUAUUUAUUUUUUUCUUUUACUGUUUACUUAAAUGUAGUU